GGCGCCUCCGCGGCGGCGGCGGGGCGCUGGCGGCUGCCGGCCUGGGGGCUGCCGCCGCCGCGGCCCGCCGACUUCGAGGGCUUGCGCCUCUUCUUCUACGACCUGCCCGCGGGCUUCAACGCGGAGCUCGUGGACGAGCUGGGCCGGCAGGGCCAGGAUGCGGGCGGCAAUUGCGACUUCAUGCUCUCGGCCUGCACGGAAAGCCGCUGGACCGGCAAGCCCUCCCAAGCGCGGCAACGCGGAGCGGAGGUGGUUGUGCUCCAGAAGCUGCUGGCCUGCCCCGACAGCGCCCGCACGCGCGACGCAGGCGAGGCGGACUUGUUCGUAGUGCCGUACCUCGCAGCCACGGACUGUCUGCUCGGUGGCUUCCAGGCGGGCUGAGUCAAGACCCGGUCCGCAGGGGGCCUGGGCUUGUUCGGCCACUUGGAGCACUACAACCACGCCACUCGCCACCGGCACCUGUUCCUAGCGACCGCAGACAUGCACAGCCUGCCCCCGUACAUUCAGGCGCAGCCGCUGCUGGUUUCCCGCGGCGCGGUGUGGGGGCACCGGCCAGGCCACCUCCUCGUGCCCAGCAAGGUCACCGAGGAGGAGCUGCAGCCCGCGGUUUUCGAGGACCUGCAGCUGGAGCAGCGCAGUGUCUUGUUCUGGCAGUACCAGACGCCAAACAACGCCGCCCGCAUCCUGGUGUACGAUCAGCUAUGGCAUCUCGGCACUCUGCCAGAAGAGGAGGUACGGCAGCUCCUCGGGUUCCACGGCGAGCUCGUGCGGCACUGGACCCAGCGCGGCGCGAACGCAACCAUACUGCCCGCCGCCGCGACGGUGGCUGGGAUGCGGCGCGCCAUCUUCUGCCCAGCGCCCCCAGGCGAGAACCCGUCCGCGGGCACCAAGAGGUUGAAGGACGCGGUGCUGGCUGGCUGCCUGCCCGUCGUGGUGGCAUUCGGCACCUCGUGGGGCAGCGGCGUGAGCUGGUGGCGGACCGAGGGCCCGCCCCUAGAGGCCAUGUUGCCUUUUACGUGGGAGAUCGAUUGGAGGCGCCUGGCAGUGGAGGUCAGCUACAGUGAGCUGCAGCGUGAGGGAGGCCUGGUCGACUCCAUCGCUCGCCUCGGCCGUGACGGGGUGGAGGCGAAGAGGUCCUAUCUGUUAUCAGUCCGGGACCGACUCGUAUUCGAUUUUGCGGGAAGAGUUCGCGACGCGUUCAGCGUCUUGAUGGAUGGCGUCCGGGCGGCACUGCCGAAGCUGACCCCCUCGCCCCUCUCCCACCCGCAACUCGGGCACACGUCGGGCAUGGUCUGCGACGUGUUGCCCAACCAGAUGGACACGGUGCGGUGGCGUGGGUCUGACGGCGAGAACUACACGCAGAAGAUUUGGUUCCACCCUUUGCAGAGCUAUCCUGCCAGCCGGCCCACCCUUGGGCCGCCGGCCUGGACCUGGGCCCGGCCUCCCCGCUGCGGGCCACGCGGCUGGCCGUGCAGCGCCCGGCGCUGACCCGCAUGCUGCUGACCGAGAGCGGCACGACCGUGCGCCUGCACGCGCCGCAGGCCGUCAGCCUGGCGCUGGGCGACGGCCCGCAGCGCGCGCACGCGGGCGCCCUGCUGGCCAGCUCGCCCCUGUCGGUGUGCUUGUACAGGAGCCUGCCCGUGGUGAAGAACCACAGACUGGACACGGGAUCCUGGAUGUACUACCGCUCUCCGCCGCAGGGCCCGCACAACGCAACCUGCAGCCUGCUGCCGGCACUGGCCGCGCCGCCACCGCUGCUGUCGCGACCCGUCGCCCGCUGGGAGCUGCUCGUGCAGGGCUGCCGCGCGCGGCCGCGCCUGGGGCGCUUCGGCCAGGAGGCGGAGCAGGCCUGGACCGCGAUGCCGCCCGGGCACGCGCUCCAGGUCACGGUCCACGAGGCCUGCGCCGAGGCGCCGCCGCGGCGCCGCGCCGGCGGCUUCGGGGGGCGCCCCGCCGGCGCGGAGCUGCUGCAGCACGUGCUGGCCGUGCUGCACGGUCGCCGGCGCGGCCAGCCCGCCCCCGAUGCCUUCGUGCUGGUGCCG